UAAUAUAAAAAGAUAGAAAUGUCCCAAUAAAUCAUGUAGUGCACAUCACCUGUCUUGGAGAUGGAAUGGUACACACUGGUUUCGGUCAUCUGCCUGCUGGCUGUCACCAAUGGAUCGAUAUUCGAUUCAGAAGUUUGUUUCGGUGAACUUGGAUGCUUUUCAAACGAGGGAGAAUUCGUUUCGCUCGAACGUCCAAUCAACCUCUUACCGAACAAACCAGAAGAAAUCGGAACCCAGUUCUUCCUCUAUACAAGAUCGAAUCCAUUAACUGGUGAUGAAUUGGAGACUCACAAUGACAGCCUCUUACACCUCAGUAACUUUACGGCAACGAAUCCGACCAAAUUUAUUAUUCACGGUUAUAAAAGCUUUGGCAAAGACAAACCAUGGGUUCUGAACAUGACUCGUGAGCUGUUGAAACACGGCGAUUACAAUGUUAUUGUGGUCGAUUGGAUAAAUGGAUCUGAUGUAACAUACGCCCGUGCAGCAUCCAACUGCCGCGUCGUCGGAGCGCAGAUUGCACUUUUAAUUAACUACCUUAACAAUCAAACGGCAAGCACUCCACAGACAAUGCAUUUGAUUGGACACAGUCUUGGCGCUCAAAUUGCUGGUUACGCUGGAGAACGGCUGACUAAUUUGGCAAGAAUUUCUGGUUUGGAUCCUUCGGCACCUUACUUUGAACACACUGGACCCAAGGUUCGUCUUGACCCGACCGAUGCUGAAUUUGUUGACGUCAUACACACUGAUAUUGGUUACAUAUUGGGUCUGGGUCUUGGCAUAAACGGCCAAAGUGGCCAUGUAGAUUUCUAUCCCAAUGGUGGAAGGUAUCAACCUGGAUGUACAGAAUAUAAAAUACCGGGUGCAAUUGUUGGUGGUAUUAUUGGGUUACUCAAUAAACUGAAACCCGGUGCAAAGGCUGCAUUUAUGUGCAGUCACAAAAGAUCCGAGGCUCUCUUCACAGAAUCGAUAAACAGCGUCUGUCCGUUUAACAGCUACAGCUGUUCUGAUGUACAUGAUAUCAAAUCUGGCAAAUGUUUCCAUAAACAUGGCCAGUUGGGACGUUUGGGUUUCCAUGCUGACAAAGUAUUAGGUCGCGGUAAACAUAUGCUGCAAACCUUUGACGCUCAACCCUAUUGUGCUUACCAUUAUCAAAUGAUUAUAGUUGGGAAAAGCACAAUCAAUGGUCGAAUCUUCGUAACAUUGACCGGAACAAACGGAACUUCUGAACGCCUGGAAAUGACAGAUCACAAUACCUUCGUAAGUCCCGAUGAAAAGUUACACCAUUUCUUGAUAUCGCGAACUGAUGUAGGACAUUUACAAUAUGUUGAUUUAGAGUACGAUGAAACAGACAACCUUAUUGGAGUCAUCUUUUCUGACGACUGGAAACUAGAGACCUUACAAAUAUUUCAAGGUGAAAGUGAAGAAAACUCAAUGUUUUGUGUAAGUGGUACAACGAUAACAUCGAAAAAGAGCAAAAGAUAUCACGUCUCUCCCAAAUGCCCUUGAAGAAUUCCUCUGCAAGGAACGAUCUUUCAUAGAAACACACAGAAGAAGAAGGAGGAAAAAAAAAGAAAAUGCAAAAAGAUCUCGCGCGUUUCAAACUGGAAAUUAAAAAAAAUAAAUAAUAAA